AGCUUGCCUUCCGAAUCGCAGUCACCACUCCAGCCUCUCGCAGCCCUCGUCUCGUCUCCGAGUUCCCCAAAUCUGCACGCGCUACAGGGAUCCACCUUCCGUUCCAUCGGCGAACGGCCGCCGCGUCGUCCCGCCCUCUCGAUUCGGGCGCGUGUGCGCUAGGAAGUUCGUCAUACGCCUCGCGGUUUUUCUAGCUUUUUGUUCUGAUUUCUGUGCCCUUAAGAUUUGUUCGCUUGAUCGAUCUGUUUAGGUACGUGAGGUGACUAAUUGAUUGGCUUGAUUGUGAUGACUAAUUGAUUGGCUUGAUUGUGAUGACUAAUUGUGUGAUUUGUGUUGGUACGCUUGAAAAUUAGUGGGUGCAGCGCUUGCUUUUUUUAUCUGAUUCGUCUGACCUGUACCGACUGGUUGGGUGCCUAUGUGGGAUGAUUUUUGCUCUUCUAGUUUGGUGUUCAUGUUGAUUGCUUGGUCGAUUAUUGCGUGGGGAUCAUGAUUGCCCGGUACGUAUUGGUGAUUCAUAUAUAAAUAUGCACGCUGAUGCCCUAACAUGACAUUCUGUGAUCUCCACAACCAAUGGCCAUCACAUAUGAAUACUGCACUUUUCUUCCUUGCUCAUCUUUCCUCGUGCCAGAAACAUUACACCGUUUUGGUUCCUCUUUUGACUUGUGCGAACAACAGUGCCCUGAGCCCCUGAAAAUGGAAAAUUUUCAUUUAUUUCACAAAGUUAGAGAGAAGGUUUUAAGCAACUUAAUGAGAGAACCUAUCAAUCUAUCAUUCUUCUGGACGAGUUCCUGUGUGUGACCAGCUAUACACAGACGGCAACUGGGAAGGAGCAGCUUGUGGACUACCGGCUGGCUCUCGGCUUCCGUACUCCUAUGCAGAGAAUUGGGGAAGUGAUUUCUCUUAUGCAGGUCGUAAAACAUGUGUGACUUGUGAUCGAGAUGUUCUCUACCCAGUCAGGAAGUAGAGAUAGGUUAAAUUUCAGGUCUGAACCAGUGAAGACUUUAAGAAAAUCUUAGUAUCAUUCGUGAAAGAGGCAUGCUGGUUUUUCAAAGGUAUUUCUUAUUGAAGAAUCAAAGGAGUUAAAAAUCUCUUAUGGAUAGUAACUAAAGAUCAUGAAGAUGAAGCUGGUGGCUGCUGGAGAGAACGGGGGUGGACAACAUGAUAUAUUUGCUGCAGAUGGAUCACUGUGUUCGAAUUGCUUGGGAGUUCUCUGGAUGGAUACCCAUUGAGUAGUAUAUUUCUUUCACAGCUCACUGUCCAGCUAGUUGGUGCUAUCUGUGAUUGUUGGGUGAUUCAGUUUAUCGAGAAUUUGCUGGUUGGAGCUGUUCAGCGUUGCUUUCAUCGUUUGUUGAUAUGUCUGAUCUUCAACAGUAUACAGUGAUCCAGAACUGCAUGCAGCGGUUUCCUAGGACCUCUGAGUUCCGACUGCAUUCUGUAUUGAGAACAAUCCUGCUAAAUGCAUAAUACUUGCAGGUAUUUGUGUUGUGUUUGCCACUUGAUACCUUGUAACGGUAGAGAGCAGUCAAGAUGGGUGCCUUGGACCUACAUCUUGAGUCUGCUGCUGCUCAACAUGGACAAGCAAAGCUAAAUGUGGAGGGAUAUGUCCAGGGCUCUUCGCUCUCUGGUGGAAAUUAUUCAAACCCUAAUGAUUAUGAGAGACUUGAGACAGGAAUAAUGCAAUAUGGGUGUGCACAUUACCGAAGGAGAUGCCGCAUAAGAGCUCCUUGCUGCAAUGAGAUUUUUGAUUGCCGGCAGUGCCACAAUGAAGCUAAGAAUUCAAUUAAAAUUGAUACAAUGAAGAGGCAUGAACUUCCACGCCAUGAAGUGCAGCAGGUUAUAUGUUCAUUGUGUGGCACUGAACAAGAGGUACGACAAGUAUGCAUCAGUUGUGGUGUAUGUAUGGGGAAGUACUUCUGUGAAGUGUGCAAGCUCUUUGAUGAUGAUGUCUCAAAACAGCAGUAUCACUGCAAUGGAUGUGGAAUAUGUAGAAUUGGAGGCAGGGAUAAUUUCUUCCACUGUUCAAAAUGCGGAUGUUGUUAUUCUACAGUGCUGAAGAACAGUCAUGCAUGUGUUGAAGGAGCCAUGCAUCAUGACUGUCCAAUCUGCUUUGAGUAUUUGUUUGAGUCGACAAAUGACGUUACUGUCCUGCCUUGUGGUCAUACCAUUCAUGUAGAGUGUUUGAAAGAAAUGGAGGAGCACUUCAAGUUUGCAUGUCCACUUUGCUCCAAGUCUGUUUGUGACAUGUCGAAGGUAUGGGAGAGGCUGGACAUGGAGCUGGCGACUUUGUCGGACUCCUGUGAUGAUAAAAUGGUCCGCAUAUUGUGCAACGAUUGUGGGGCGAUAUCAGAGGUCCACUUCCAUUUUAUCGCGCACAAGUGCCAGAGUUGCAAGUCAUACAACACCCGUCAGAUCUGAAAUAUGGCAUUCUUAUGCGGGUUUCAUCUGCAACAGGCAUGAUGGCGCCUCUCGUGAGCUGCUGAGCUCGCGGACAGUAGCUGGCAGGAUUCGUCAAUCGGGGAGCUUGGGCUGAAUCAUAAUCACUCGAGAUUAUCUAUCUGAUAUCUGUGCUGUUAGCUGCCCUUUUUUAUUCAUGCCUCUUAGGGGCAUUUGUCUCAUAUAUCCUGUGAUCCUGUCUAUCUGUGGUCUCAGUGUGUCAGUGUUUCGGCGGUUGCUUCAUCGAUUGUAUCAUUGAGGUCCUUGAUGGGAUGAUUGCUCAAGUCUAUAGCUCUGAGAUGUCAUCUUUGCGAAAAAGAUGCUAAUAUCGUGUUUGACUCGUUUAGGUGCA